AUGUCCUCCGGAUUUGUCUCUGCCGGUACCGCCAUUCCAGAAGACACGUCUAGCGAGCCCCCACGCCUUGACCCAUGGAGUGCCGCCCAGGCGGCUGUCGAAGCGGCUAGGAAUCCGAAAGAGGAGGAAGCUCAGGACGACCGAUGCUUGUACGAGAUCCUGCAAGCGAAUAAAGCAAAGAAGCAGGAAGAGUUUGAAGAAAAGUUGAAGUUUAAGAACCAGUUCAAGACACUUGACGAGGAUGAUGUGGACUAUCUUGACUCAAUUCUGAAAACGGAAAAGGCUGUGGAAGAUGCGCGGAAGGAGGAACUUGAGAGUCGGCUUGAUGAUUUCCGAAGACAGCAGUCAGAGGCUGAUAAGUCUGGCGGUGGAGAGGGCGGCGAUCAGGAUAUGGCUGUGUGGGCUACCGGGAAAAAGAGGAGAAAGAAGGAGGUGGGGGGUAGAACUUUGGGAUUUAAGGUUAGAAGGAAGAGUUCUACGACUGGAGAGAAGCCGUUGGAGAAGGAUCUCGGAAAAGACAAAGAGGAGGUGCUUGCUCCAGACCCGAAGGUGGAAGAUAAAUGGACGGGAGAUAAGGGUGCUAGUAUAAUGGGCCUUGUAGCUUAUGGUAGUGACGAAGAUGACAGUUGAUGGUAGGACAAGUUCCUAAUUGUCUACAAUCUAUCCUGUAAGUCGAUAGUUUGAGACAUUUGUUACUUUGAAGUGUUCUGGUUGGCUGGUAGAGAUUUUCGUCUUUUUUUUCUUUCUUGGAGUAGGUAUUAGUCAUAUUUGAGUACUGUACGCUAAGCCCAUUAGUUU